ACCAGACAUGAGGAUGCUUCUGCAAUUGCUAGUAUCAGUUCAUCUUAUCACAAUCAUCAUCUUCUUUGUAUUUAUACCACAGGAAGCAGGGGCAUCUCUGACCAAGCCUGGCUGCCCAGAGAAAUGUGGGAACGUUACCAUUCCAUAUCCAUUUGGCAUGGGAAAAGGCUGUUACCUUCAUAGAGAUUUUGAGAUUACAUGCAACAUGUCCUCCAAUCCGCCUCUUCCACUUCUCCAAAAAGUUCAACUUUUGCAGAUAUCAGAAGACAAUCUGCGCAUCAAUGAUAUUGCUUAUCGUAGCUGUUUUAACAACCAAUCAGGGAAGACUGAUUCAUCAUAUAUAUUAUAUAAUAGAACUCAUCAUUUCAGUUACUCCUACACUCACAAUACGUUCGUAGCCAUUGGGUGUGACAUAUUUGCUUAUAUCACUGGGUACAACAGUACAGCAUAUGCAACUGGGUGUGCAUCGCUUUGUAAUACUGAUAAUGACAUCGCUGCUGGUUUUUCCUCUUCUGCUUGCUCUGGCAUUGGUUGCUGCAGGACUUAUCUCCAAACAGAUAUUGCACACUUUUAUCUCCGGAUUCGCAGCAUCAACAUGAUCACACCAACCUGGUCUUCUGAGCCAUGUGGCCUUGCUUUCAUAGCAGAGAGGAACUUCUCUACACUUGAACAUUUUAACCUCUCUAGUAAAUUUGACAAGAAAUUGUAUUUUGUCCCAGCAGUACUUGACUGGUCAGUUGGGGAAGUCGCUUGCCAUGAAGCUAUCAGAAGAAAAAACUAUGCAUGUGGCCAGAACACUUACUGCAACAACUCCAUCCAGGGUCGGGGGUAUAAUUGUCACUGCCUUAACGGCUACCAAGGGAAUCCCUACCUUGCAAAUGGCUGCCAAGAUAUUAAUGAGUGCAACGACCCAAACCAAAAUGUUUGCCACAAGAUAGCUCUUUGCAGUAACAUCCCUGGCAGUUACUCAUGCAAUUGCCCAUCUGGUUACCAUGGAGAUGGCAGGAAACAUGGAACUGGGUGCAUACGUGGCAAGCGUAAACAUUUGCUACUACUGGUAUUUUCUUUAGGUGUGGGGAUUACUGUUGUUCCCUUGAUCCUAAUUUCUACAGGCUUAAGGUUAUACCGAGGAGUUGAGGAAAGAGAGAAAAAGAAAAUAAAACAGGAGUUCUUCAAAAAGAACGGUGGUCUGCUAUUGCAACAGCAAAUUUCUUCAAGCAAAGAAAGCGUAGAAAAAACAAAACUCUAUUCGGUAGAAGAGUUGGAGAGAGCAACAGAUGGCUUCAAUUCAGGUCGAGUCAUCGGUAAGGGAGGCCUUGGCACAGUAUACAAAGGGAUGCUGUCAGAUGGAAGCAUUGUAGCCAUUAAGAAAUCCAAUACUGUUGAUGAAAAGCAAUUGGACCAGUUCGUCAAUGAAGUUUUCAUUCUUUCACAGAUCAACCAUAGGCACAUAGUAAGAUUGUUAGGUUGUUGUCUGGAGACUGAAUUACCUUUGCUGAUUUAUGAAUAUGUCUCCAAUGGCACCCUUUUCCACCAUCUUCAUGAUGAGGGCCACGCAUAUACAUUAUCUUGGAAAAACCGGCUGCGAAUUGGGAGUGAAAUUGCCGGAGCCCUAGCUUAUUUGCACUCAUAUGCUUCUAUUGCCAUCUGUCACAGGGAUAUCAAGUCUAGUAACAUAUUGUUGGAUGAAAACCUCCGGGCAGUAGUUUCUGACUUUGGACUUUCAAGGUCAAUACCCCUUGACAAAACUCACUUAACUGCGUUGGUACAAGGGACAUUUGGUUACUUGGAUCCGGAUUAUUUUCAUUCAGGUCAAUUUACAGAUAAAAGUGAUGUGUAUGCCUUCGGUGUAGUCCUUGCUGAACUUCUGACAGGAGAACAAGCCAUUUCCUCGGAUAGAUCUGAACAAGGUCUAGCUAAUCAUUUUAGAUCAGCAAUGAAACAAAAUCGUCUGUUUGAAAUUCUUGAUAACCAAGUUGUAAAUGAAGGACAGAAGGAGGAGAUUUUCGCCGUUGCUAAGCUUGCUAAGAGAUGCCUAAAGUUGAAUGGGAAAAAAAGGCCAACCAUGAAACAAAUUGAUAUAGACCUCCAACAAUUGGGCAGAUUUCAGGAGCAGUUGUCUUUUCAGAAGACAUGGAUUCAAGAACCUUCCUUGCAGCAGCAAACAUGCCAGGACUACUGCACGGUAAGUGAAACAUCCCAUUCCUACACAUUUGGUCCAGUUACAGAAGAAAUAGUUCAUGACGAUGAGGACUUGCUUUCCUAAGGAAUACAGUAUGGUAGCUUGAAGUUUCGGUUAAAUAACGGGAUGUUUAUUUAUGCUAUUGACUUCUGGAAUAAUGAUGUAAUGAAUGACUCCGAACCUUGUUUUACUUUGUUUAAUUUGUUUCAAGUAUGGUAUACAUAUUAUUAGGGUCCAACCGGGGUUGAGGCUGGCUGACAGUCAAUCAAGGUCAAC